AUGAGCACCCCCGGGCCCCCCCCCCCCGCCAGCAGGAUGCUCUUCGCCCUGGCCUUGGCCUGCCCCAGCCCCUUCCUGGAGCCGCGGCCGGAGGGGAACCGGCGGACGCUGAACGUGGCCGUGAUCUUGAGCGGAGCCUCCUACGGCCCCGCCGGGCCCCGCCUGGCCCCCGCCGCCUUCCGCAACUUCUCCUUGGAAAUCAACCCGGUGGGGGUGGUGUUGAACGACACCAACCCCCGUAGCUUGAUCGUCCGCCUGUGCGACGUCCUCUCCUCCCUCCGCAUCCACGGCGUCGUCUUCGAGGACGACACCCGCUCCGAGGCCGUGGCUCAGAUCCUCGACUUCAUCUCCGCCCAAACCUCCGUGCCCAUCAUCGGCAUCAACGGCGGCUCCGCCAUCGUCCUCACGCCCAAGGAGAAGGGCUCCACCUUCCUCCAGCUGGGCUCCUCCACCGAGCAGCAGCUGCAGGUGAUCUUUGAGGUGCUGGAGGAAUACGAUUGGACGGCCUUCGCCGUCGUCACCACCCUCUUCCCCGGCUACGAGGACUUCGUGGACUACGUGGAGGUUUUGACCGACAGCAGCUUCAUCGGGUGGGAACACCGCGGCGUCCUCACCCUCAACUUGACCGACGACCCCGAGGGGACGCGGUUGCGCCGGCAGCUGCGUGAGGUCAGCGCCCAAAUCCGCCUCCUCUACUGCUCGCGGGAAGAGGCCGAGGCCAUUUUCCGAGCGGCGCGAGAAGCCGGUUUAGCCGGUCCCGGUUACAUCUGGUUCGUGGUUGGCACCAACCUGGGGGGAAGCGACCAACUGCCGGAACAUCUCCCCGCCGGUUUGUUCGCGGUGUUGUCGGCCGGUUGGCGGGAUGACCUGCAACACCGGGUGCACAACGGCGUGGCCAUCGUGGCCAAGGGCGCCGAGGCGCUGCUGCGCGACUACGGCUUCAUCCCCGAAUUCAACAACGACUGUCGGGCCCCCAACGUCACCCAGAUCAAUGACAACCUCCACCGGUACUUCAUGAACAUCACCUGGGGGCAGAAGGAUUUCUCCUUUAACGAGGACGGCUACCUCGUCAACCCCUCGCUGGUUGUUAUCUCCCUCAACAAGGAGCGGAGCUGGGAGGUGGUGGGCAGCUGGGAACACCGGAUCCUGCGGAUGAAGUACCCGGUUUGGUCGCGUUACGGUAAAUUCCUCCAACCGGUUGACGAUGACCAACACCUGACGGUGGCCACACUGGAGGAGCGUCCCUUCGUCAUCGUGGAGAACAUCGACCCCGCCACCGGCACCUGCAUCCGCGACUCCGUCCCCUGCCGCAAGCAGCUCAACCGCACCGCCAGCCCCUCGGCGGAGCCGGCGCUCUUCGAGAAGAAGUGCUGCAAGGGGUUCUGCAUCGACAUCCUCAAGCGCUUGGCCCGCACCGUCGGCUUCACCUACGACCUCUACCUGGUCACCAACGGCAAGCACGGCAAGAAGAUCGACGGCGUCUGGAACGGCAUGGUGGGAGAGGUCUUUUACCGCCGAGCCAUGGCGAUCGGCUCGUUAACCAUUAACGAGGAACGCUCGGAGAUCAUCGACUUCUCCGUCCCCUUCGUGGAGACGGGGAUCAGCGUCAUGGUGUCCCGCAGCAACGGCACCGUCUCCCCCUCCGCCUUCCUGGAGCCCUACAGCCCGGCCGUCUGGGUGAUGAUGUUCGUCAUGUGCCUGACGGUGGUGGCCGUCACCGUCUUCAUCUUUGAGUACUUCAGCCCUGUGGGCUACAACCGCAGCCUGGCAGCCGGCCAACGCGCCGGUGGCUCCAAGUUCACCAUCGGCAAGUCCAUCUGGCUGUUGUGGGCCCUGGUCUUCAACAACUCGGUGCCGGUGGAGAACCCCAAGGGCACCACCAGCAAGAUCAUGGUCCUGGUCUGGGCCUUCUUCGCCGUCAUCUUCCUCGCCAGCUACACCGCCAACCUGGCCGCCUUCAUGAUCCAGGAGGAGUACGUCGACACCGUCUCGGGGCUCAGCGACCGCAAGGUACCCGCGGGGUGA